CCUCCGAGUGUUUUAGUGAACUAAGACACCUGUGGGAUGAUUUAAAUCCAAAAGUUGAAGAUGCUGACUUAGACGUUAAAGAUGUCAAGCGAAUUUCUGCUUUAAAAAAGAAAAUCAAGGAAUUACUAAAAACCAAAGGUAUUACAGAUUUCGACCUUACCUAUUGGGAAGUAGAGGUAGAUUUCGAUAAUUUAAAGAAGUCUCUUAUUGAAUUAGAGAAUUUUGUUAAAAAAUAUGCUUCUCCGCAAACUCAAAUCCAAGCCCAAAACAAGAAGAAAGGCAAAAGAGAUU